AGCUAUUUUUAUUGCUGCUGGCGGGCGGAAAACGGACAUUUUGGGUGUGGAGAUAGAUCAGCUCAAGUCAGUGCUACAAGGGCAAAUUUAGCUAAACAUACGGACAAUGUCACGAUUCAAAAGAGCGAAUAAGGUGGACUCUCUGGUGGGUUUCAGGAUGGAAAACACUGAGUCGACCGUUCCUUACGGUCUGCUGAAGGCAGCAAGGAAAACUGGCCAGCUCAACCUGUCCGGCCGAGGUCUGACAGAAGUCCCUCAGAACGUGUAUCGUCUAAACACUGACACACCAGAUGAGGCCCAGCAGGAUGUGUCCUUCGGACAGCCAGAUCGCUGGUGGGAACAGACUGAUCUCACUAAACUGCUACUCUCAUCCAAUCAGCUUAAACAACUGUCUGAUGAAAUCAGACUACUGCCUGGACUCACUACACUGGACCUCCAUGACAACCAGCUGAGCAAUUUGCCCAGUGCCUUGGGGGAACUGCAAGAGCUUCAGCAAGUGCGACUCAGUCAUAACCAACUGAGAUCACUGCCACUUGCGGUGUGUACUCUAAAGAAUCUCCAUAGCCUUUCACUUCAGCGGAACUUGCUAGAGAGCCUACCAGAGGAACUGGGACAGCUUGAGAACCUGACUGAGCUGGACCUGUCCAACAACCUUUUAAAGGCCCUUCCCUCCAGCUUGGGUUGUCUCACCUGUCUGCAGAAACUGAACUUGAGUCACAACGAGCUUAGCUGCCUCCCUGACAGCCUGGCCCAGCUUACAAAUGUUAAGGUGAUGGACUGCAGCAGUAACCAGCUGACUGACAUUCCUGUCAGCCUAUCAGAGAUGCUAGCUUUGGAGCAGCUCUACCUGAGACACAACAGACUCCGCCUCCUACCAAGCCUUCCUGCUCCUAUGCUGAAGGAUUUAUAUGUUGGGAACAACCAAAUUGAGCUACUGGAAGCGGAGCAGCUGGCAUCCUUGACAGCCAUCUCUGUUCUGGAACUGCGCGACAAUAAGAUCAAAAAUCUACCGGAACAGAUUACCUCACUGAGCACGCUCACACGCCUUGACCUCACCAAUAACGACAUUGCCAUUCUUCCAGCAUCUCUCAGCCUGCUGCCCAAUCUGAAGGUGUUACUGUUGGAGGGAAAUCCCCUGAGAGGAAUCAGGAGAGACCUGCUCAAAAAAGGAACCAGUGAACUUCUGAAAUAUUUAAAAGGAAGAAUUAAAGAGGGGCCUGCUGACACAGCAGAUGAAGGACAUACAGCCAUGACAUUACCUAGCCAGGCCAGUGUCAAUGUACACAACAUUCAAAAUCUCAAGUUACUGGUGUACAGUGAGAAGCAGUCUUCUAGUGUUCCAGAUGAGCUGUUUGAUGCUGCAGCAAAUCAAAGUGUUACCACUGUUAACUUCAGCAAGAAUCAGCUGACCUCCAUACCUUCCAGACUGGUGGAAUUGCAGUCGUCAGUGUCAGAUAUCAGUCUGGGUUUCAACAGACUGAUGUGCUGUUCUCCUGACAUCUGCAGGUUACUUCACCUCAAACACAUUGACCUCAGGAAUAACCAGCUGAGUGAUUUACCACCUGAAAUGAAGAACUUGACUAAAUUGUGCUCCAUCAUCCUCAGUUACAACAGAUUCAAGUCCUUCCCUGAAGUCCUCUAUCAGAUAGUUUCAUUGGAAACAGUGCUGCUUACUAGCAACCAGGUGAACGAGGUAGACCCAUGCCGUCUGAUGAAGUUGGUUCAUUUGUCAACACUGGAUCUCUCCAACAAUGACCUGUUGAAAAUCCCCCCUGAACUGGGCCUGUGUACCAGCCUCAGGUGUCUCAGUCUGGAGGGGAAUCCUUUCCGCACACCCAGAGCAGCCAUCAUGGCCAAAGGAACGGAUGCAGUGUUGGAGUACCUACGCAGCCGCAUACCUACACAAGGCCUGAAUUCAGCUGACACAACUCCACAACUAUAAGCAAUACUAUCUGCCAUUAGACACUGUCUUGGAAAACAAUAAAAAUCUGAAUUUCACUAUAG